AUGCAUUUAGGAAUAGGAGAUGAUACGGCUGAGGUAGCUUUGCAACGACCUCAUCACUCGGUGUUAAUCAAAGCACAUGAAGGCCCUGUUAACGAUAUUGCGUUUGACCACACAAGUCAAUUUUUACUGAGCUGCUCUUCAGACAACACAGCCAAGCUUUGGUCUUUGCAAUAUCAACAAUUUGUGGGAUGUUUUUUGGGCCAUACCCAAGCCCCACUGAGCUGUGACAUUUCAUACGACGGAAGAGUCGUGGCGACAGGAGGUAAAGAUAAGAUCAUCAAACUGUUUGACAGUAGCAGCGCCAAGUGUAUUGUUGACUUGAAGCAUCAUACAGACUUUGUAAAUAAGGUUCGAUUUUCACCUGAUGGAACGUGUUUAGCAAGUUGUUCAAAAGAUCAUACUAUUCGAAUUUUUGAUUUGAGAUACUCUGGACGACCCUUGCAGAACUACGAUGGUCAUCAUUUUCCUGUCUCUUCCAUUGACUUCCACAAGUCAGGAAAUUACCUUAUAAGCACAGGUGAAGACAAUACUGUUAAAAUUUGGAAUCUGAUGCAUGCUCAGCUCAUGUACACAAUAUCAGGUCAUGUUGGUUCAACGACAUGUGCCAGAUUUUCAAAAGACGGAUCAUUCUUUGCAACCGGAGGAACAGAUAGCAACGUUCUAUUAUGGAACAGCAACUUUGCUUCCAGACAUGCAGAACUCAGCGAGACUGCAAACAAUCCUCAUAUUGGAAGUCGAGUGGACAAUGAAUAG